UCCACAUCCAAAAAUAGCAUUUCUCUGGCCCCGCUCUUCUAGAGACCCGGGAAACUCGGGGCUUUUCCUCCUUUUCUCAUUUCCAUUGGGCUGGUUUCCCCCCUCUGCCCCAUGAAGGCUGGAGCAGCUGCCCUGGCAGCCGGGAUCCUCGGGGGCACCGGGGUGCUGCUCUUCCUCGUCGCCUUUGGGACGGAUUAUUGGCUGCUGGCCACGGACACCUGCGGGGGCUUCGAGCAUGGGAACAGCACUCUGAGCACCGGGGGGGCUGAAACUCCAACAGAGGUCGGGAAGGAGAUCCUCACUUUCCACCACGAGGGUUUCUUCUGGCGGUGCUGGUUCUUUGGUGAGGGCCACCCUGAGAGCAUCUGGACCUUCUGGUACACCAGCCAAGCACACCCCAAGUUCUGCAUGCAUGGCUACCUCUUCCCCAUGCCCAUUGCUGUGGGACCUUUCCCCCAUCCUUCCUAUGACACAACUGCAGUGUACAGAGGUUUUUGGACGGCGUUCAUCCUGCUGGCCGUGGCUGCCGGGCUCGUGGGGGGGCUCCUGCUGGUCUGUGGGGUCCCCUUCUCCAGCCCCCACUCCUACAAAAUUGGGGGAGGAUUCCUGCUGCUCUCAGGAGGUUUGUUUCUCCUGCUCGUGUUUCUCUUUGUGAUGUGGAAGGAGUUUGCAGCUGACUUUGAGAAGUACAUCCUCCUGGAGAGGAGUGAGAGCUGCCUGGAUGAUGUGCCCGUGCACGUUUACUACGGGUGGUCCUUCAUGUUCGCCGCCGCCGGGGUGCCCCUGGUGUUGCUCUCUGGACUCCUCUUCUUCCUGGUGGGCAGAGACAUUAUGGAUUCCCUGCAGUAAGACAAGUGUGGAAAAGGCUUUGAGAAAAUCGGUGAUGCUCCUUGUAAGGAAACACAGCCAGGUUUUGAGGGUUUGAUCGUUUUUGUAGCUCUAAUGGUGGGGAUAGGUUACACUCACUCUCAUGGGGAGGCGGGGGUGGAGCACUGAGCAUCCACAGAAUCCCAGGAAGGUUUGGGUUGGAAGGGACCUUAAAACCCAUCCUAUUCCACCCGCUGCCAUGGACAGGGAGACCUUCCUCUAUCCCACAUUGCUCCAAGCCCCACCCAACCUGGCCUUGGACACUUCCAGGGAUCCAGGGGCAGCCACAGCUUCUCUAGGUACCCUCUGCCAGGGCUUCCCCGCCCUCACAACUAGGAGUUCCUUCCCAAUAUCCCAUCCAUCCCUGCCCUCUGGCAGUGGGAAGCCAUUCCCUGUGUCCUGUCCCUUCAUCCCUUGUCCCAAGUCCCUCUCCAGCUCUCCUAGAGCCCCUUUAGGGACUGGAAGGUUUCCCUGGAGCUUUCUGUUCUCCGGGUGAACACCCCCAGCUCUCCCAGCCUGGCUCCAACCACUGCCCAUCCCAAACCAGCCCCAGCUGAACAUCCAGCUCCAGCCUUUUUCCACUUUGGAGACAUUUCAGCACGUUGGUGGGGCUUGCACCAGUUUUUUCCUGCAGCCCAAGGGAAAGCAUCUCUCUGUCAGCAGAGCUCCACAUCCAUAUUCAGCAGAGCUGGAGUUUUACAGCAUUCCCAGCAUCCUGGUUUCUUGUAAAAGGAAAUCGAAUCUGGCUGCGAUGGUGCAAGCAAUAAUGUCUAUUUCUAAAAAGCAAUUAAGGAUGAUUUUUUUUUUCCUUGGCCAGCUCUAAUUGACGUCAAAGGACAACCAUUUUAAUGGGAUGUCGGGAAACACGAGAAACUUUUUUCUUCCUUAAAAGCCCUGAUUCUGAAGAUACAAAUGUACCUGGACCUAACCUAACUUUCAAUAAGGGAAUAAACCAAUUUCUGUGGCUUGAAACAUAACAUGAAUUAAUUAGUACUUCUUCACAGCAGUGCUUUGCUCUGCAUUGAAUAUUUUCCCUGGAUGCAGUUUUGUAGGGAUUCCCAACCCAAAAACUGAGAGGUGAUGCUGGUUGAGGGAAAAGGAGGGGUGACAAUAGCAUGAGAUUGUGAUAUCACCUUGGGCUGUGCCAGUGCCCCAUCAGUCCUUCAAGUGGCAACUUCUCACUAUAAAAUUGUUUAAAGUAA